UCCACUUCUCACAGAGCGCGGGGCUGCUGGCUGGCGGGAAGGCACGAGAAAGAGAGCGAGAGAGUGAGAGAGCGAGGGAACGAGAGGAGGGAGGGAGAGGGAGAAGCGAAGAGAGAAGAGGAGAAAAGCGUGUGUGUGCGUGUCCGUGUGUGCGCGUGUGGAUUGCACCACCGCAUCCAGUUCACCGUUUUCUGCAGGCGGCCAUGCUCCGAUGGAGAGAAUAAACCCGACCACGUCUGGUUUCCCCACAGAUUUAGCCACUCCGCUCCGUGUUUCCAGAUGUGACUGACAAGUCGUUUUAUGUCGCCCGCAUUGAGCUGUGCGCCGUUCAUCUCGGAUAGACUGUGACACCAUGGCUUUGGUUAUGGAACCUAUAAGUAAAUGGACACCAAAGCAGGUGCUGGACUGGAUGAAAGGUCUGGAUGACUGUCUCCAGCAGUACAUCAAGAGUUUCGAGCGGGAGCAGAUGGGAGGAGAGCAGCUGCUUCACAUCACCCAUCAGGAGCUGGAGGAGCUGGGUGUCACCAGGAUAGGACACCAGGAGCUCAUCCUGGAAGCCGUGGACCUCCUCUGCGCCCUGAACUACGGACUAGAGACAGAGAACCUCCGGACUCUAUCCCACAAACUCAACGCUUCAGCAAAGAACCUCCAAAAUUUCAUCCUCGGCAGACGGAGGGGCGGCCAUUAUGAUGGGCGAGCUUCCCGAAGGCUACCAAAUGAUUUUCUCACUUCAGUGGUGGAUCUAAUUGGUGCAGCCAAGAACUUGCUAGCUUGGCUUGACAGGUCUCCGUUUGCCAGUGUGACAGAGUAUUCAUUACUGAAGAACAACAUUGUGCAGCUCUGCCUAGAAUUAACCACCAUUGUACAACAGGACUGCACUGUCUAUGAGACAGAGAAUAAAAUUCUUCACGUGUGUAAGACCUUAGCAGGGAUAUGCGAUCACAUCAUCUCUCUGUCGUCAGACUCUCUGGUCUCUCAGUCUGCCCAUCUGGAGGUGGUCCACCUUACCAGCAUCAUGCCAAACGAAGGCCUGGGGAUGUAUAUAAAAUCAACAUAUGAUGGACUCCAUGUUAUCACCGGAACCACAGAGAAUUCUCCAGCAGAUCAGUGUAAGAAGAUCCAUCCAGGGGAUGAGGUGAUCCAAGUCAACCACCAGACAGUGGUGGGCUGGCAACUGAAGAACCUGGUGAAUGCUCUAAGAGAGGACCCAUGUGGAGUCAUCCUCACGCUGAAGAAAAGGCCCCAGAACACCCUGAGCUCCACACCAGCUCUGCUCAGGAACGUCCGCUGGAAACCACUGGGCCUGCAGCCGGUCCCGACCAGCCCCACCAGCACCUCACCUACACCCGGUGGAACUUUGGGCAUGUCCAAAAUGGAUGCCCCCAGCAUGCAGGACGUCUAUAUCCUCUCUCCUGUUUCCGGACUCUAUAGCACCAGGGAGGAGAUGGGUCUGAUGUCAUGUGACGACAUCAGCCGCUACAGCGUUAGCUCCCAGUCGGGCUCUAAAGGUUCAGAGGCGGUCAGUUACUACCUGGACCAGGACAGCGGUCAGUACUUCUCCUUGCUGGAAGGAGAUGGACCGCCGGGACCUGACUAUGACAGGGGUCGCAAUACGGGGGUUCGUCGGCGAGAUAAGACCCCUACCCACGGUGACCUCAGACCCGUUUCCAUGCCUCCCGAAUAUAACUGGAUGGCCGAGGCCAAGGAACCCAGCAUGGGCAAGAGAGGGAGCCGAGAUUCAGACAACUCCCUCCUGCGCUACCUUAGUGACGACAAGAUCCUGGUGAUCGAGGAAGAACCCGAGGGUCCGAGCAGAGAGAGCCGCCGGGAUUCCACCAGACGCUCGAGGCGUAAGAGCCGUAAUCCCAGCAGCCCUAGUUUUCCCAUCAGCCCCUCCAUGCUGUCCUCCACCCUGCUCCUAGACCAGCCACCUGAAGCUUUGCCUAGAGGUGCAGACACACUGAGGGCAGACACAACAGACAGGUACUCGGGCUCAGGAAGCUCGGGAGCCGCCUCCAUGAGGAAGUCUUUCCAUUACACCUCCCUAAGAACGAAAACCAAAAAGAGAAGUAAAGGUUCCCUCACUAGUGCCAGUCGAAGGAGAAUCUCCUGUAAGGAUCUCGGCCACGGUGACUGUGAAGGCUGGCUAUGGAAAAAGAAGGACGCUAAAGGCUACUUCACCCAAAAAUGGAGGAAGUACUGGUUUAUCCUCAAAGAGUCUUGUCUCUACUGGUACACCAACCAAAACGAUGAGAAGGCUGAGGGCUUCAUCAGCCUCCCUGAGUUCAGAAUAGACCGAGCCAUAGAGUGCAGACGGAAAUUUGCCUUCAAAGCCUGUCAUCCGAAAAUCAAGAGCUUCUUCUUCGCCACAGAUUGUCUUGAGGAAAUGAACAGGUGGAUGAACCGGCUGGGUCUAGCUGCUAUUGGAUACACACCAGAUGAUAAGGUGCCUCGCCCUGAUGAAGACUAUUGGAGUGAGAGCGAUCAAGACGACGUUGACGGCUCGAUGACACUCAAACAGGAGGGACCUUCAUCAUUCUGUGAUACUUACCAUCGCACACCAUCGGCUAACCUCCUCCACAGUUAUGACCAGUUGCCCCGCUCAGUGAGCUCCAUGAGCCUCAUGCGCUCCACUCCAUCCCCACUCCCCCCACCAAUGAGUGCCUCCACCUCCCCCAUUCCUCCACAGAUGGUCUCUUCCACCUCCCCUCUCCCUCCGCAGGUUAAUUCUUCUAGCCCCUUCCCGGAGCCUAAGCAUGGUCGGCAUUUCUCCAGCGAGUCCACACACUCCCACUCCUCUGCUGAGGACCAGCGUGGAGACAGCAUGGGCAUGGGAACUGGCACAGGCAGCACCAGUACCCACUCAUCCGGCUGCCGCUCUUCCCAUCGUGAACGACGCUCCUGGCAGGACCUCAUUGAGACCCCUCUGACCAGCACAGGGCUGCACUUCCUCCAGACAGCACCGGGGGAGAGUGAGUAUGGCGGCUUAAUGGGGAGCAUGGCUGGAGAAAUGGGGUUCUACGGAGGGCUGGGCAGACAGGGCAUGUCCCCAGAGAGACGCAGGCAGGCCACGCUGCCCGUACGGAGACACCACGCCGCAGAGAGGGACAGAGAACGGGACGGGCCCUUCCCUCUGGAGCGGGGGCCGUACACACACAGCCACACACACAGGCGCUCCCACAAGCAGCGGAGCCAGAGUCUCCCCAGGAACAGGGACCCGAUGCCAGGAAAGCUGCUGCACACCUCUGCUCACAUGGAGGAGAGGAGUGAAGACGAGGAGGCAGAAGAGCAGGCUGCAGAUAUGCUUGAGGGUGAGGAGGAUCUGCGGGAGCUGAGAGUGGAGAGCAGAGAGAGGAGGGUGUCGGAGGGACGGGAGCGGCGAGUUUCAGAGUGCCGCGAGCCGGAGCCGCUGGAUGGGCUAGAGCAGCUCUAUCGGGCCCUGGAGCAAGCCAACGUGACAGCUUUAGGAGACCCUAGACCAUGUAGCAGGCAGGAGCUUCGACGCUGUUUCAUCCAGAGAGCCAGGGACCCCCUGCUCAACGACAGGCUGCACCGGGUCCGAGCCCUCCGUAGCACCUUGAAGGCCAAAGAGUCGGAGCUAGCAGUGAUCUGUUCCCUCCUGGAGGACCCUGGCCUGUGCUCCCAAACCUUCAGAGAAUGGAAGCAGUGGCACAGCGAGCUCUACUCAGACAUCUGCCAGCUCAGCCCCGGCACCAACGGCCAGGAUGACCUCUCCCCGCUGGCCGCACCUCUCAUGACCCACACGCACUCCUUCAUCGAGACCCACGUGGUCUACGUGUCAUCGGCCUCAUUACCAUUGCUGUUCAAAUAUCAGAUGCAGGGUGUUUAGCAGUCGAACAAAUAGGAUGCGACCGACAGCCGUCGCUGAUGGUCUUUACUGGUUUACAUCAUGGCUGACCAUUCUCUGGGUGGUGCGUUGCUUGAGACAAAGGCCUGGGACUGAUUUGAAUGGACAGGGUAAAAUACUGUGGAUCAUUUGUGUUCCUUUUUUUGUUCCUUCUCACAAUUGCAAGGUAAUUAGACUCGUAGCGCAUGAUAGAUGCAAAAGUACCAUCGAAGGAUGACUUUUUCUUUAUGUGCUCGUAGCUUUCAAGUCUUUGUUUUUCAUUCUGCAGUGUUUAGAGACACGUACUGUACCAUGAGAGUUAAGGGAGGUUUUUCCUUCUCCUUUAGCAUCCAAGCAGCAGGUUAUAAUUUGAUGUUUGGCUCACAUAGAAGACCGACCUGCAUCCUAAAGAAGCUUCUGACACCUCACUCCAAGUGACAUCACUGCAGUUGCUUCCAAAGUGAAAGCUAAUUUGACAUUCCCUCUAAGCAUAUGGUUGAUACUGGGCAGUCAUAACCUCUGCACUAAACGGUCUGUAAUGUCUGUGAAACCGGGAUGAAUCAUUUCAUCUGCAAUAUCAGGCCAAGGACUCAACGGUGCCCCCCAGCGUCGAGGACUCUGAGAGACACGUGUAGCACCUGCUGCAUCCAGCACUGUCUGUACUUAGUCUUCAUAUUUUACUGUUGUUCUUCUUCAUGAGUUUUCAUCAUGUCACACUGUAGUGAAAUAUCAAACGUGCCCCAGAGAUAUAGCUCAUGUUAUUUGCCUGUUAUUUCUUUAUUUUUGUUUUUUUUGCUAGUUUGUUUUUUUAAUGAUUAAUUUGAGAGUAACACAAAGAAACUCAAUGAUGCAAGCACUUUCCCUGUGCCUCCCAAUCCUCUCUUUGGCAACGAAAGGACUGACUAUUUCCACACACAGGCACGCACACACACACACACACACAGACACACACGCGCAGCUGUAGAAGAGUUACAAUACAGUUUUAGUCUGCAGACCUCUCUCUGUUUGUCAUCUGUAGUGUUGGUCUUCUUUCUCCAACUGCUGCUCUGACAUACUGUAGAUUAAAGGAGUUCUGAGAGUUUUCAUUUGUAGGCACCGACUGUGUUAUUCCUCCCGAAUCUUUUUGUGUGUGUAAACCUGCAGAAACAGGCCGAAAAGGGAGAUUCCACUGUGUGUUCUUUCAGGGGUGUACACCUCAUGGUACAUUGCACAGGUGUGUAAGAUGUAAGUUGCACUGCGACAUUAAAAAAAAGGAACAUAUUGCUCUUUUUCAAGGAUAAUAUUAGCUUACUGUUAUUCUGUACAUUAAAAUGACUAAAGACGAUAUUAAAAAAGAAAGAAAAUUACAUUUAUUCUUCCUAAAGUAGCCUUUUUUGGUUUCAUAUAUAUGAAUAUAUAUUACAGAAAAUACAGAUUGUAAACCUAAGUUGUUAAACUUUGACUUCAAUAAACUGAAUCCUCUGCACUAUG